CUGCUCAGACCACUUCUCCUCUCCUAAAAAGCUCUCCUCAUAUAACGUCCUACCAUCAUCUCAUCCGUAACACUUUCUCUCUAUCUCACGUUCACUUAUAGCUCUUGUUGUAGUUCUUUUGUCUUUCCUGUGUUCACCACUUUUGUAGAUUUUUUUUAUUUUUAUUCAGGUGUAGCCACAAACCUAUAAUUUUUUUCAAGCACACUCUUGCACUUUCGUUCGUUUGUUUGUUCAUUUAUUCAUUAUGCUGAAGCGCAUGUCCAGACGCAGCCGCUCCCUGCUGUCCCUCUCUCUAACCUCUCUGGCCCUGACGCUCUCUGUGCUGGCCUUCUGCACCUCCUUUUGGUGUGAGGGGACACAUAAAGUGGUAAAGCCACUCUGCCUGUCUCCUGUGAAAAUGAAGAACUGUGGCCAGAACAAUAGCCAGCCCUAUACCACCGAGAGCCCAGCUUCAGACACCAAAAAGCCCGAGUCCAAUGUGACAACUACCCCAAAGCAGAUGGAAGAGCAAGCCCUCAUGAAGGCAAAGAAGCUGUCCAAUACAGUCCACUAUGUCUGGGAAACAGGAGAGGACAAAUAUAUGCUUAGAUACUUUCACACCGGUUUCUGGCUAUCCUGUGAGAAACAUCACAACGGAGAGAAAUGUCGAAGUUUCAUUGAAUUGACUCCCGUAGAAGCCCAAGGGGUUCUUUGGCUCUCCUUGUUCUCAGAAUUCAUGUAUAUCACUCUGCUGGCCAUGGGAUUCCUCAUGAUGUGCAUGGAGUUGCUGUUACUUUGCUUAAAUAAGGAGAUGUAUGCACUCAAGAUCAAUGCCUUUGCUGCCAUUUGCACCGUUCUCUCAGGAAUGUUGGGGAUGGUAGCACAUAUGAUGUACACUACAGUGUUUCAGUUGACUGUGAGCAUUGGUCCUAAAGACUGGAGACCGCAGACCUGGGAUUAUGGCUGGUCAUUCGCUCUGGCUUGGAUUUCUUUCAGCUGCUGCAUGGCUGCUGCUGUCUUCACCCUCAACUCCUACACCAAGAUGGUGAUUGAGAUGAAUCACCGUGCUCGUAUUCGCCUGGAAGAGGCUGCCAGCCAUGCCCCACCUUAUGAAGAUAUAAUCAUGGCCGAUGCGAGUGGCAGCAUCUACUCCAUCAACCUUCCGCUUCAGCACUGCCAGCAAGCAAAGGUGAUUGACACCACAUGGCCCUCUAGGAAGGACGGAUUGCCUGGGGUGAUGAUGGAAGGAAUGAACUCAGAGGGACUGGUGCUGUUAGGAAGGUGUGGGACGCAGGGGUGCGAAGACUGCAAGAGAGAGAUAGAUGCAUUGGAGAAAGAAGGUGACAGAGAGGACGAGGAAAUAUGCUGAGUGGACAUGGGUGGAUGGAAGUAAAAAAAAAAAAAAAAAAGCAGGAAAGAUGUGGGGUGGUGGAAUAGGAUGUAUACAGAAGCCUUUAAAGGUGAGAUGGGAAAUAAAGUUUGUUCCCCAGGCAAAUUUCGAUUUUGUCCAUAGU